GCAAAGAAAUACAAGAUGGCGGAGAGUGCGGAACUGAAGCAAAUGGUGAUGAGCCUGCGAGUGUCGGAGCUCCAGGUGCUGCUGGGCUACGCCGGGCGCAACAAGCACGGACGCAAGCACGAGCUGCUGACCAAGGCGCUGCAUCUGCUGAAAGCCGGCUGCAGCCCCGCCGUGCACAUGAAGAUCAAAGAGCUCUACCGAAGACGUUUCCCGGCCAAAAUGGUCUCUCACUCAGAGCUGGCCUUGCCUGGGCCGCACCACCCGGCCACAGCUGGAGUGGUCGGGGGAGGGGGCGCGGCGCUGCCUGCUGGCCUGACGCAGCUGGCUUACGAGGGUCACGCCGGUCAUGGUGGAGCCCCAUCGCCUGCUGCGUUACUGCCGCUCUCGCUACUCGGUCCUGGGAAACACGAGCUGACCGGGCUGACGCACCACCUGCCCUCCUCAGCGACACUGCAUCCGGUGCAUCCAGAUGUUAAGCUCCAGAGGCUGCCCUUCUAUGACAUGCUGGACGAACUCAUCAAGCCCACGAGUCUAGCGUCAGACAACAGCCAGCGGUUUCAGGAGACAUGUUUCGCCUUCGCUUUAACGCCGCAGCAAGUUCAGCAGAUCAGCAGCUCAAUGGACAUCUCGGGGACCAAAUGUGACUUCUCAGUUCAGGUUCAGUUGCGGUUUUGCCUGUCGGAGACCAGCUGUCCUCAGGAAGACCAUUUCCCCCCCAAUCUGUGUGUGAAAGUAAACGGGAAGCCGUGCAACCUGCCGGGUUAUCUUCCUCCAACCAAAAACGGUGUCGAGCCCAAGCGGCCCAGCCGCCCAAUCAACAUUACCUCACUGGUCAGAUUGUCCACCACAGUCCCCAAUACCAUCGUGGUGUCGUGGACCGCUGAGAUCGGAAGGAGUUACUCGAUGGCGGUGUACUUGGUGAAGCAGCAGUCGUCCACAGUGUUGUUACAGAGACUGCGAGCUAAAGGCAUCAGAAACCCAGACCACUCCAGAGCACUCAUAAAAGAGAAGCUAACAGCCGACCCAGACAGCGAAAUAGCCACAACCAGCCUUCGAGUGUCGCUCCUCUGCCCGCUGGGGAAGAUGCGGCUGAUGAUCCCGUGCCGGGCGCUGACAUGUUCCCACCUGCAGUGCUUCGACGCCACACUUUACAUCCAGAUGAAUGAGAAGAAGCCCACCUGGGUGUGUCCCGUCUGCGACAAGAAGGCGCCGUACGAGCAUCUCAUCAUUGACGGGCUUUUUGUGGAGAUCCUCAAUAGCUGCACGGACUGUGAUGAGAUCCAGUUCAAGGAGGAUGGCAGCUGGGCCCCCAUGAGGUCUAAGAAGGAAGUGCAGGAGGUGUCCUCUGCUUCCUAUAACAAUGGGCUGGAUGGCUCAUGCCGGACCGCCGCAGGCUCAGAUCAGCGGAGCUCCUCGGCGUCCAGCCACGGAGGCAGCGACAGCAGCAACGGCAAGAAAGUGGAAGUGAUCGACUUGACACUGGACAGCUCCUCAGACGACGAAGGACCGGAUUCGCCUCCGCCGCCGCCCCCAACGCUGCCUCCUCCUAUCAAAAGAGCGUGCCCUUCGAUGUCCCCGACCUCGCCACCUGUCAUCAACAAAGGCGUGUUGAACCUGCACCAUCAGGCCUCUCCUGUGAGCCGUACCCCUAGCAUGCCCGGGAUAGACACCAGCUACAUCCCUCCUGUCCCCCCUCUCAUCCAGGACUACAGGCCCUACUACCACACCCCCAAUGACCUUUCAGAGCUGAAUUUUUUCUCUUUUCUUCAAGGGGACAAUCAUCCGCAUUACAACAUGGUUAUGGCAGCAGCGGCGGCUGCCUCGGCCUCAGAAGACCACGAGCUGCUUCUCAACCGCUUCAUGCCCUACACCACCUCCUCCUCCGCUUCCCACCUGUUCCUCGACCAAUCGGCAGCCUCCUCUGCGCCUUCGCUGACAGCGCCGACCAACGGGGCGAGCAAUUCGGGCAGCACCAGCAGCCUGGUCUCGUCCAGCAGCCUCCGUGACACUCAUUCGACACACUCGUCCUCACAUUCGAGCUCACACUCCUCACACACGCAUCCCGGGGUGGUGGCCAGCCGGAGCAGCGCUGAAGCAGCGGUGGCGGCUAUUUACGGCGGGAUACCCGAUGUUAUAUCGUUGGACUGACCCUGGAUGAGUGGAGACGACGGCGCGGGCACAGCUGGAAUCCAGUAACAAAACCCGAUCACAAACUCAACCGCGAGGGGUGACUUUUAAGAAACUAGACUGGGCCCCCACCCCAACCCCACCCUCCCCCCGAGUCAUCAAACUCUGAACGUUCGAGGAGCCGUGACGACGAGUCGGUCUCAAAAAGAGCACUAAUAAUAUGAGCGGACAACUGACCCGAGUCCAGUCCCGAGUCAUCGCUUAAAGGUGUGGACAUUGUGUUGGUGUGCUGACUUCAGAUCAGAAACCUGUCCAGCAUGUGAACCCACGUUACUGCUAUACUGGUACCAACCCGGCACAACGAGCAAAGAUGCUACCUGAGCAAAAACACAAAGGAGGGGGGGUAAAAAAGCUCUUUUCUCUUUUUUUUUUUUAAAUAAAAACAAAGGAGCGGCACCGUGUACAGAGAACAGAAUCUAUUUUCCUCUUUUACUUUUGUAUGUUAAAUCGGGACAAUUUCAGUCUAGAGAGCUGCUUCAGUCGCUGUUUGUAAGUGGAGGACUGAGUCGGAUUUUAUUUUUUUGCGUGUGUUCUCACACAAACACGAGCUCAUUCAUAUGCCUGUUGCCAUGUGGUUUGCUCUCUUUUAGCUAUAUGCCGUUUCCAGAUGUCGGAUUUGCAUUUCUCCGAUCUAAACUUCACUUCUCUCUGCGUGCUGUUCUCUUUUUCUCACGUUCAAAUUCACGGCAUUUUGUGUCUCUCUCCGACGACGGGAGCUUUUCAGACACUGAAUAUACAGUUUAUUCAUGUGCUAAUAAUUUUAUUAUGCUUUUAAGUUAUGUAUGAUAUUUAAGCCUUUAGAAAUAUAAAUAUAUAGAUAUAUAUAUAUAUAUAUGAAUAUAUAUGCAUUCCCUUUGACCUUCAGGUUGAUGCUGUGGGGAGUGUCGAAUUAGCCAUUUCCAUUUUAUUUUAAUGUUUUUCAUUUCCUCUCCUCAAUUCCCGCCUCCUUUUAGAGACUCUACCUGCAGACAGCAUUUAGAAGUGAGACUAUUUACACCUGCCAGUUUAGAGGUUUUCGAUGGAACAGUUUCAGUUGUUUAUCUCAUUUGCACAAUGCCCCCCCAAAAAAACAACAAAAAAAACCACACACACGGUACCUGAAUAUGAUCAAAAUAAUCAAGAGGGUAGUUUGAUCUGUGCGUCACAGUCUUUUCAGUCUGCUGUCUUCAUUUUCAGCCACUUAAUCCUCUGCCCCCUCGUGUCUCGUCUUCUCUGUUGAUGAUGAAGGUCAAAUUGGUGUUGUAGCAGCGCUGGGCCUUUUUAAAGAUACAGGCGUCCAUAGCACGUGACCAAGCUUAAAGUUGUGCCUGUUUUUUUGUUUUUGGGGGGUUUUUGUUCUUGUUUUUUGCUCAGAUUAAUGUCUUAAAAGCUUACCCACAACCCCUGGCCCACUUUCCUUUUAAAGCAUCUUCUGAAGAUCGGACCUGUGACCGAUAUCAUCUCAGGAGUUUUCUUUGGGAAAAGCAGAUAAUAGUGGGACACGGUUGAAGAAGGCAAUCUCAGCUUGUCCCUUUUUAGACCGGGCACCGAGCCAGAUGGUUUAAAAAUACAUUGCCUGUCUGCUUCUUUAAAGAAAAAAACCUCUGCGAUGUUCAGAGCGUGAUGUGGAAGUGUCAGAGCAGCGCAGCGGUUUUAGGACGUCGUUAACGUUCAGCUUAAAAAAGUGAAAGGUUUGCAGUUUUAAGACUGGACACGCUUGCGCGCUCUGCUCCCCUCAGGUUAUUAACAGAUCCAUGUUGCAGAGAUCCUCUGUAAUCUGGUCACAUUACUGGUGACACCGUUAAUCCCGGUGCCCCUGCAGCACACCCCACCUCCCCCUUUCUCUGUGUCCUUGAAACUUUCCCAGAGUCCCCUGUUAUCCGUCUCUCUUAGACGCUCUUCUUCCAGAGGUCGGACACGGGCAGCUCCCGUCAGAGCCUAAUUAUCCCCGCCACCGUGAGAUAAUCGCUUCUGACAGCAAAACCCAUCACAUCAGAUCCUCUGCCCCGUCCCUCCACUCUCGACAAACCAGAUACACCCCACACCCCGCCUUCCCUGUCUCGCCCUCUGUGGCUCUCUCUUGGCAUUUGUAAAUCUUUUCCCAGGUCUUCUCAUGGGAACCUGCCCCCCACCUCUCAGACUGACUCAGUCAUUUGCCGGAACAAGUCUUGUCUGCGUCGUGUGUAUGUCGUGCAGUAUUUUAUUUAUUUUGUAUUCGUAUUUCUGUACAUUAUAUUUUUACAUAAUGUUUGAAUUCCAUGACUGAGAGUGUGUGAGUCUCUGGGAACUGAUGUUAUAUGACUUUAUUUAAUGUGCAUUUUACUUCUUUGUUUUCCCUGCCAGCAGCACAACUUCUCAGAAAGGUGUUGUGUAGUCACUCAUAAAUGGAAAUGACGUGUGUGUGCGUGUGUGUUUUCUCUGGAGCUGACUUGGGUAAUAUUUACGAUAAGGGCACAAAACACAUGCGUUAUUAUUACGCGCUUGAUUUAAUGCACUUCGGGUUCCUGCUGCUUACCGUUAAGAAAUGACCGAGUCGGUGUGAGUGAGCACCCGAUGGGUUGUCAGUAAACAGUUUAAUGAAGAGUUGCUGUAGAUAUUUGUUGAAAUAUUGCUUGAUUCUGUCAGGAAUUUAAAAGUUUUUCUAUUCAAGUGGCAGUCACGUGCAGGUUUGGGCAUUUUUGCUGCUUUGGCCAGGCGGAAGCAAAACCUUUCAGAGCCUUUAGUGUCAAAAGAUUUAAAGCCUUUCGCCAUGUUCCCACAGCUGCCGUUAAGCUUUAGCUCAUCUCGGUGAAACAUUAAUCCCCCUUCAAUAACAACAAGAAGCUAUAAUUUAAAAAAAGAAAAAGGUUCAGAUAGACCACAGAGUCAAGAUCACCCCAACCCCAGCAGAUCAGCUGAUCUCAAAGCCAGGCCCAGUCACCUGAAGCAUCUGCAAGCCGCUUUGCAACCCACCUUAAUCUCAGCUCCAUCUUUAACACAGUGCCUGACGUAAUCUCACAUCUCCAGCUCUCCAUCUAUGUGUAAGCAAGGAAGGUCUCAACACAGAGCCACAGCAGCAAAGAUAAAUGAUUGCAGGAAUAAAAAUUCAAAUUAAUAUUUUGGAUUUAGUGAUCCUCGCUUGAAUAACUGUUUAAGUUUAACCACUUUGUAUUCUGUCAGAGUUGCUAAUCUUGUUUCAGAAAAUUAAAGUGUGUACACGUUUUCUCUGUUCAAAGAAAACGUGUAUUCAAAUGGGAUUAUUUCCAAUUCUCCUUGUGUUUUUAAUGAGUAUAAAUUAAAAAACUAAAACACCUCCUCCAUCUUUAAACUGUUUGGGUGGGGGUCUGCGCAGUGUUUUGCUCCAAGUGCUAAUUUAAUCCUUUGAUGCGUGGGAUCUUUCUCAGGCAGUUUGUCAGAGAAGAUGGAUUUUCUAAAUGUUCCAAUCGAUGCACUUCUCUGAUACCUGGAACCAGCCUAAAAACACCUGGUCACGCGCAUACAGGCCUGUCAUUAAACCAGAUUUCCACUUCACGAUUGACGGCGAUUUUAUUGUUAUAUUCGCAGAAAAUCAGGUGAAAAGCUACUGCCGAUCAGAUUAAUCUGUGGAUCUGUUUGUGUGUUUUGUGGCAGGAUCUUCAGAUAGCAGAGAGUCUCCAACCAUAACUGUAGGCAAAGAGGAACCACAUUAUUUAUGAUAUUAUUACCAUUAUGUCAAUAUUUAACUUUGUUGGGUUUUUUUGUUUCGUUCUUUUGAUGGUUGUCACCCAUGAGAACCAUGUCACGUAGGCAGGAAGCUGCAUGCGAGAGCAUUCGUUGUGGAAAUCGUGUGGAUUUCACUCCCAAAGUGAACUGUUGCUGUUCGCUUGCGGCUCAGACUCGGUGAGUUGAUCGUUUCUGGGCAGCAGGAACUACGUGAGCCUGUGCGUUUGUGCCUUUAUCUCAGCUCCCCCUGGCUUGCUUUGCUGGUGAAACCUUCGGUCCUUCACUUUCUCUCACGUCAGUUUUAUAACUAAGCAGCAGUGUUUGGAUACUUGAUGAGGUGGUCACAGUAACUGAAUGAAUCCCAUCACCGUCUUAAUUUAUUGAAACGUCUGUCGUGGCGCUCGUUGGGCAGCAGGUCACGAUGGCAACAUGAAGUGGGAGAAGAGACUGUGUUGAAUGUGUUUGUGUUGAAGGCGGGGAAAGGUCCGAUCCUCCUCCACCUCCUUCAGGUGUCCGCUGCUCCCUCCUCCUGUGGUUUCAUUCGCGGCAAAUGUUUAGGGCGAAGCAGUCUUUAUUGAGCUGGGUUUAUUUCACUCUAACAAACAGGAUGGAUAAGCACAAGGUCGCGGCUUUCUCAGUCCCUCCUCAGCAACACACACACACACACACACACAGAACAUAUGGAAUAAGGCCACUUUUGUUUUUUUAAAGCAGUAGUUACUCCUAAGUGUGUUUUCAAAAGAACUCCACAGUCAGCCUCGACAAGCAGCUCAACUCUUUGGUUGUCAUGACCUUAAACAAAAGGGAAAAAUCAGCGACGUGUAUAUUAUGUUCGUGUGGAACCCUGAAAACUGAAAGAUUCAGAUCCAGACGUGGGUGUUUGAUGUCCGUUUGUAUGCUUUUGUGCGUCGAUUCAGAGCGAGAGAAUAAAAUAAUUUAUAUAUUUUUUAGAAAAUGGAAGCUGUACUAUUAUUUAAAAAACAAAAACAAACCAAAAAAAACAGGGAAAAGAAAAGAAAAAAAAUACGACCGUGGCCAAUAACGAGUUCCACGCUAUGAAAACGAUAUCAAAGUCAGACUUGAGACGACAUCUGCACUCACUGCCUUAAAACAUUCACAGGUUCUGUUUCGUGGCUCCAAUCUGGAAAACAAACCUGAAAGGAGGGAAAGGAGAAGACGGUGUACAGUUAGACCCGUGUCAGUUUGUACAAAUAUACCAAGUGGGGAAAAAAAAAAUAUUUAUUACCUGCAUUGGACGAAAUUGUUUACUUAUUGAAUGUUACUUGUUUAUGUAGAAAAGUUUAGAUGUAAUAAAAUGCAUUCUGCUAUUUCUCU